AUGGAUAUGCAACCCAAAAGAAGGACCAAUUUAGAGCGAAGAAUAGACAUUCCUCUUGCUUUUCAGCUUGUUCUCCUUCUUAGAACCAGAAAGGAAGCCCUGUAUCUCUGUACAAGAUCUAGUCUGGCAUUAAGGAUUGCUAUUUUAUGUGAGCUUUCCGUAGAACAUGUUCUAGAAUUAAGAAAUGGAGUUGUGAAGGUUAUAAAGGCUCCUGAAAGGAAUAUUUCCAAAGAUUUUGCACAUAAAAUAUCAGAAAUCAGCUUGAAUCCUAGGGAUCUACUUGAGUAUCUGAAUGGAGAAAGGGGGAGGUUGGCUGGUGUUGAGAAUUUAAGAAAGAAAAUCUACAGUGAGAUGCAGUCGAAAGGGCUAAUAAGAGUAUCAAAAGGAGUGAUAUUCAAUAAAAUCCGUAUUCAAAAUGCCGAUAUAUGGCAGAACAUCUACGAAAAGAUUAUUUAUGAGGUUCAGAAUAGUCGUAUAAGUAAAGAGAGCAUUAUAUUGCUGACGUGCCUUAAUUAUGUUAAUACGAUGGAGAGUCUUCUUUUACAGUGCAAUGAGUCCACGGCUAGUUUAAUUGUACAGCAGAUGAGUGAGAUUAAAAAAAGAAUACAGAAUAAGCAGUAUGCACCUGAAGACAGUUUGAUGUAUCAAUUUUUGAGUUUCAUGAUAAUUUGA